UCUGGAUUCUACCACUGCAGGGAGCUGACACAGCAGGGCUGGGAGCGCACAGACACUUUACAUUAUGCUAGCUGAGCAUUGAGCUGCGGGUUACUGAGAGGGGAACUGCAAGAUCUUGAUUGUAGAAAUGCUUAUGCUGGUGGGGAGGGGGUGUAAUGAAUAUUGACAUUAGCUAGAUCAUUUGAGUCUUUGACCAGACUGUACUUGCUUACAGGGAUGUCACGAUGCCACUGCACAGUUGGUGCCUCCAUUGAACGGCGGAAUAAUACAAAUCAGGCAAGAUGGAUGCGAAAGAGGACGGGUCUGUAAAGGGUUAAACGCAGGCAGGAAGCUUGUUCUACACUACAGACUUGCUGGAAUUGUGGCGUAAGAGGAUGCUCGUCUUUUUCCCAUGCAAUUCCUGAGCGUUGGUGAGAGAUUAAAACCCUUCUCUUGGACCCUGACAAAGAGACAUUCAUUCAUCCUUUGUUCGACCCGUCUUCGCACAGCCGACAUGUGCAGUAAUCAGGUCAGCUUGCUGGACGAGCAGUGCAAGUUUUACGCCUACAUGUUCUACCAGGCUGUGCGGGAUCAGGAGCCUGUGUGGAAACUGGAGGAGAUGAGGACUAUGGAAUAUUUUCAUUGGGAGGAAGAUGCCAGCCUGCGUUGCUAUUCACCAUCUGAUGCUCUGAUGUAUGCCGUAGUUCAUAACCACCUACGUUAUGCUCAGUAUUUGCUAUCUCACUUCCCAGAGGAAUCCCUCAAGGUGCCAGGGAUUAAAUUCUGCUGCUGUCCUCCUUCCGCACCCCACCUCGCCCUGGCCGUUACCUAUGACAGGAGGGAUAUUUUAAUAUUGAUUAUUAAGAUCUCACAUAAACUACCUAGCCUUCAGUCCUACAUUAACAGGGCGAGUUGUUCCCAUCUGUCAGACGGGAAAACCCCUUUGCACAUGGCAUGUGAGCUUCUGAGUGCAGAAACUGUCCUAAUCCUUCUAGGCAAUGGGGCAUGUCCGAAGAUCCUCGACCGUAAAGGAGAGACUCCCCUAGAUAUCAUCUUGGAGCAGCUAUGGAGCUCAAAGGUCAACGUGGUCUCCAAAAAGCUGUGCCUGGAUUACCUUCUCCUGUUCUCACCUUCUCUUAAUUUCAAAAUGAGAAAAAUUCUGCAGGAGAACCCAGACUUUUGGGCUCCCUUGUUGGGAGAGGACAAAUUGAACUAUCUGGUGGGGAAAAAGCCAGCCACAUUGUAUCUCAUAGCUAUGCAAACAAUUCUGCGGUGUCUCCAGCCUGCUCAUUUUCCUCAGAACAUUAAAGCACUGCCCAUACCUCAUGCUUUAAAACCACUGCCAGUCUCACAUUAACAGCCACUCGUAUAGAGACCGGGCGUAUGGUCGAUUACAAGCUCGAGGGUUAAACUGAUCUCUUCUCUGUUACUGCUGAUAACAAAAAAAAUAUAUAUAUAUACUCAUUUACAUCUUUCAUUGAUUUUGCUUGAGCAGAAGGUCAUUUUCACCAAAUAUGAUGGCCAGCCUUUGCAGACACGUUAUUGAUUGGUAAGGAUGGGCUCAUGGAGUACUAAGAGAAAUUGGUAGAUGGAGGGCUGUGCUUGCAAAAUGCAUUUUCUCCCUUCAGCAGCAAUAACAGAGGUGGAGCCCACAGGGGAAUAUUGGAAAAUGGAAGAUCACUUGCUUGUCUUAAGUAUACAAGGGGGGGAGAUGUAAAGUAGACUGCAUGGGGGAGAGGAUAUUCAUUGGUCGAGGGGAAUUUUCUACAAAAAGAUUUGCUAAAGGGUGAAAUAAUUGAUCAGACUGCAUCAAAGGAAACGUAGCAAAGAAUCUGCUCAAAUGUGGUUGCAGUAACUCCCAUC